AUGGGCUCUGUCGGAAGUCCGAGGAGGACAAGGAAAGGCCUUCAAGAUGGAAUUUACUGUCCAACACUGACAUUUUUUGACCCCGAGACUGAGGAAUUGGAUAUACCCAAGGUACGCGAGCAUGCUGUGCGGCUUGCCCGCGCUGGGCUUGCCGGGCUUGUGACUCUGGGUUCCAACGGCGAAGCAGUCCACCUUUCCAAUGAUGAACGUUUCACUGUCACUUUACAAACACGACUAGCCCUCGACGCCGCAGGUUUCGCAGAUCUGCCAAUUAUCGUUGGUGCAAGCGAUCAGAGCGUCAAAGGCACAAUCGAAAACAUCAAACUAGCCGCUCAAGCAAAAGGAGACUAUGUACUGCUGGUCGCACCCAGUUAUUAUCGAACCGCCAUGGAUGAAGAUCGUCUGGAGCAAUACUUCCUUGCAGUUGCCGACUCGAGUCCAUUGCCAAUCAUCCUGUACAAUUAUCCCGGUGCCGUGGCAGGGAUUGAUAUGGAUUCCGAUUUCUUGAUCCGCCUUGCGAAACAUCCCAACAUCGUCGGGACCAAAUUCACCUGUGGCAACACUGGAAAACUCAUGCGGGUGGCACGAGCGACGGAAGCCAAGACGGCAGGCUACGAAGGCAGCGGGUAUAUGGCAUUUGGUGGGAUGGCUGACUUCACAGCACAGACAUUGCUGUCUGGAGGAAGCGGCGUGAUUGCUGGAGGUGCCAAUGUGUUCCCCAAGACCUGUGUUAAGGUGUGGGAUCUCUGGGCUCAAGGAAAAGUCGACGACUCGACAGCAUUGCAGAAGAUUCUCAGCACUGGAGACUGGGUGCUCACCAAAAGUGCUGUACCAGGCACCAAGGCAGCCCUUCAAAGCCAUUUUGGAUACGGAGGAUACGCUCGCCAACCCCUGAGACGAGUGGAUGAAGGGGAGGCAAAGACGAUCAAUGUUGGCAUCCAAGAACUCAUGCAGGUAGAGUCAAGUCUUCCAGAUAAAUAUCCAGUAUCGUGA